AUGCAGCCGAGAUCUCUACACCGCCAUCCGCAGUCCGUUUUAUAUCUUCUCUCCGUCUACUCCUUCCUUCGCUCCUUCAGUCAGCCGCUGUUCCUCAGCCCGUUCACUCUAGACCAGUUCUGCCACGCCCUCACCACCCCGCGCGCCAGCCCACUAAUAGACAGCGUCCACGUGGCGCUGCUUCGCGUGGUGGACUACGAGCCUUCGUCAGCAGCGACGGGAGAAGGCGGCGGAGGGGGCGCGGGAGGCGCGGGGGGCGCGGGGGGCGCGGGAGGAGUGGGAGGUGCGGGAGGGGCGGGACCAAAAAAGCAGGACGAUUGUGGGAGUCUGCAUCACAGGGAGCUGGACAAAGCAUCUCUGGACGAAAUCACCUGGCCGGAGUUUCUCCUCAUCUUCCUCUCCUCCCGCGCGUCCUCCCGCCCCAACAGCCGCAGGCUCGGCCACUCCGCCCUCGCCUCCUGCGACUACUAUCUCCUCCCUGCCUCCACCAAGAUCGACUUCCUCUCGCUCCUCUGCGACGAGGCUUUAAGCAGCGGCGUGAGGGUGCGUCUAGAGAUAGAGCGCAGGCAGGGAGAGCUGGAGAGGAGGUAUGCGUUGGCAGGGGUUGGUAUGGAGGAGGAAGAGGAGAAUCUAGAGGAUGUGGGGUAUCAGAGCCUUGGGAUCUCCGCGCUUGCUGCUGCUGGGGUUCCGUCGGGAAUGGCAGGGUUGUCAGUGGUAGGGUCCGGUACUGGGGCUGCUGCUGAGUCAGCAGGUGCGGGGGAUGAGCUGGCAGACGGGAAUGCGGACGAGUGCGAACUAUGCGGAAUGGACGGCAAUCUAAUCUGCUGCGAUGGCUGCCCCGGCGCGUUUCAUUCGCGCUGUGUGGGAGUGGUGGCGGCAGCACUGCCGGAUGGGGACUGGUUCUGCCCCGAGUGUGACAUGAAGAGGAGGGCGGGCGAGGUGCUGGGUGCUGUGGUGCCGGAGGGGAUGAGAGGGGAGUAUCUGGGGGAGGAUCAGCACGGCCGGGUGUACUAUGGCUCCUGCGGCCGUGUUGUCGUUCCCGCAGACAUCCCCAGCCUUCUGCAUCAUCUAUCCGCGCUGGGCCCUGCCUUUACUGCUGUUCACGAGGCUGUUGCUGCAUUCGUUCGCUCGGAACUGCCGCAAUUGGAAGCACCUGAAAGUGACGCUGAUGCACCUGAAGAUGGUGUAUGGGCACCUGAAGGCGAUGAUGAGGCACCUGAAGGUGAUGCGGAGGCACCUGAAAGCAACGCUGGGCGGCUGCAAAGUGCAGGUGACGUGGGGAUGCUCGAACUGGAUACUAACGAAGGGGAUACUAAUGAGGUAGAAGAGGUAGGAGAAGGGGCUGCUGCUGCUAUAGGUGCAGAUGACGGGGAUGUAGCGGAGGUUAAGGCGGAGGAAGGGGGUGCAGCCGAGAUGAAGGUGGAGGAAGAAGGUACAGCCAAGAUAAAGGCGGCGGAAGGGGAUGUGGCUGAGAUUAAGGCGGAGGAAGGGGCUACAGCCGAGAUGAAGGUGGGGGAAGAGGGUGUAGCUGAGAUAAAGGCAGAGGAAGGAGGGAUUGCUGAGAUGGUGACAGCAGAGGCGGCGGAGGAGAAUGGAGAGGGAGAGGGAAGACGGGCGGGGGAAAGACAGGAGGAUGUGAAGGUAGAAGAGGGAGCGAAUGAGGCUGGAGAGGGUUGUUUGGAUGGGAGUGCAGGUGGGGGCCUAGAGGGCUGUGCAGAUGGAGGUGAGAUUGAGUGUGCAGAGAAGGGUUCAGACGAUGGUGCGGAUGGUGACUCAGUUGGGAGUGCUUGGGAUCUGGCAGUCGAGGGUGUAGGGAAUGUUUUAGAGGUGGUCGGGGCGGCAGGUUUGAGUGAGCCAGCAGAGGUGACGGUUGGGGCAGAGACGGUAACUGCAGGUGGUGUAGGAACGGGGGUAGGAGAGAGUGGAAUUGCAGGAGGGGCGGAAACGGUAGAGGCAGGAGAUGGUGGAGAGGCAGGAAAUCCAGGAAUGGGAGAAGCAGGAGAAGCAGAGGCACAAGGAGGGCAGGAUCCUAUGCAGCACGAUGCUGCGUGGCACAAGCCGGGAGGAGAGCGGAUUGCCAGGGUGGUGGCGAGGCUGUGGGAAAGGCUUGGCGUGGCUGCUGGUGGGGAGGCAGGGGAAGCUACUCCUGCUGCUGCCGCUGGUGCUGGCCGUUCUGAUGGCAAUGUGCCGAACAGCCUGUCUCAGGCAGCAACUGUGGACAGAGUGGGAAUGCAGGGCGCUUUGGAGGCAGAGAAGGCGAGACAGCAAGCAGAGCAGGCGGAGCAGGUGAAAGAAGCACAGCAGGCACAGUGGGUAAAGAGGGUAGAGAGAGCAGAUAAAGCGGAGCGAGCAGAGCUGGAGAGAGAAGCAGAGCUUGUAGAGCCGUACACGAACCGCUACGCCCUGGGGGAGGUAUCGUCAGCGUUAGCCCUCGCCCUCUGUUCCGCCACCGAAGCAGCCGCACAGGAGGCGGAGAGGAGAGGCACAGCAGGCAGCAGAGAUGAGGACGACUCAGAGCACAGAACGAGACGGUCUGGGCGUCGGUCUAAGGGGCUUAUGUCUGUCAAAGAGACCGUUCAAGUGGAGGUGAAGGUGGUUGGAAAGGAAGAGACGAAGGUGGUUCGAAAGGAAGAGGCAAAGACUAGGGGGAACGAAAGCAAGGGGGAUGUGGAAGUGAAGGGAUUGGGAGUUAAGGAGGAAAGGAACGAGGAAGUAAGGGAAGUUGCGGCUGGGGAGGGUGAGGGGGCUGAGAGAGAGGCAAAGCGGGCAAGAAGAGGAGAGCGAGGGGAAUGGGAGGCAGGGGGAGGAGGGGCAGUGCGAGGGGAGGGAGGUGCACGUGGAGUGAGUCCACUGCCAGCGCAGUACUUGCUUGGACUACCAGCAGCAGUGGGUUCCGUCACUGUUGGUGCUGAAGGCCAUGGCAUGCCUGCUGAGGAGGGUGACGCUUGCAAGGUUGGUGCGUCUGGUGGUGUGGAGAGGAGCGAUGCUCCGAUGCUCUUGAUUGAAGGGGCGGAGGUGGAGGAGGGGAAGGAUGGGGAGGGCGAGGGGGGCGGAAAGGGGGAGGUGACUCUUGGGGCGCCUGGGAAGGAGAUGAGGGAGGAUGAGGAUGUGAGGGAGGAAGCAGAGGAAGAGAGGAACGAUGAGGUGGAGGAAGUGCUGGGAGAGGUAGGCGGUAGUGGUGAUGGUGGGAAGGACGGAGGUGGUGGUGGUGAUGGUGGGAAGGACGGAGGUGGUGGUGGUGAUGGUGGUGGUGAUGGUGGGAAGGACAGAGAUGGUGGUGGUGAUGGUGGGAGGGACGGAGGUGGUGAGAUGGUGGAUCUAUCCCAGGAAGACGGUGGUGGUGAUGGUGGGAGGGACGGAGGUGGUGAGAUGGUGGAUCUAUCCCAGGAAGACGAGGAGUGCAGGGGGGAGGAGAACGUUGGGGGAGAAGAGCAGGCUGGCAGAGACCGAGUGAAGGAGGAGGAGGGAGGGGCGAAGAAGGGAGUGGGAGAGAAUGGGAGAGGUGUUGUGAAGGCUAUUGUUGAGGAUGUGAUGAAGGGAAGAAAAGGUGGGGUGAAGAGAGGUGUAAAGGCAGGGAAGAAGGGGAAGGAAGAGGAGGAAGAGGAGGAGGAAGAAGGUGUGGUGAUGGUGAAGGAAGAUGAGAAGGUGGAGGAGGUGGAAGAGGUUGGUGAGGAGAAAGAUGAGAAGGGUGGGAGAGGGAGAGCGGUUGGGGGCAAAGGAAAGGCUGCAGAUGUUGCUGGUGGGAACAAGCUGCUGCUAGUGGAGAAAGAGGAGAAAGCGGAGGAAGAGGAUGAAGGAGAUAAACAAGUAGUGGGGAAGGCAGAGACGAAGACUGAAAAGUUCAGAGGAGAAGUGCAGGAGGUAGAGGAAGUGGAAGAGAGCGACGAGGAGGGGCAAGAGGAUGAGGACGAGGAGGAAGAAGACGAAGACGGGGGAGUGUGGGUGCCGGAGAGGCUCGUUCCUUUGGAGCUGAUCCGAGAGUUUGAGCACCGGAGGAGAACUGAGAUCUGGGAAGAGCAUGCUAAGCUGGUGCGAGCAGAGAGAGAGGCAGCAGAAGCAGCUGCCAGGGCUGUUAUUGUGAAGUACGUGAGGGAGAAGGUGCGGGCGAUGAGGGAGAGGAGGGAGAUGAUGGUGCAGGCGAUGAUGGCUCAGUGUAGAGAGAUGGAAGGGCGGAAGCGGCGUGGGAAGGAGAGGCCAGGGCAGGAGAAGCAGGGGCAGGAGCGGGAGGAGAAGCGGAAGCGGGAGGAGAGGGAGCGGGAGAGGGAGAGGGUGAGGGAGGCGAGGGAGCAUGAGAAGGAGGACAGGCGGGAGAGGAAGGAGAGGGUGAAGGAGGAGAGGGAGAGGGAGCGGCAGCGGCGGUUGGAGGAGAGGGAGAGGGCGAGGAGGGAGCGGGAGCAGGCUUCAAUGGCGAGAAUGACACAAGUGGUGGGGGCAGAGGUGCAGGCGAGAAUUGUGGCGGAGGCACGGGGGAGAAUGCAGAGGGAGAUGGAGGAGCGGUGUGCUGCUCUGUAUGCCCGGCUUAUGGCUGUGAAGAGUCAAGCAGGAGAUGUAGGACUGGCAGGUGGAGCGGGAGCAGGAGGAGGAACAGAGGUGGCGAUGGAUUCGUGCAGGGUGUGCACGCGAGGGCUCUUUGGCGAUGGUGCGAAUCAGGUCUUCAUGUGCGUUUCCUGUAAAGGAAAGGGCGACAAGGGCGAGAGGGAGAGACCAGAGGGAGAGAAAGGGCUGAAACUGAAGUAUAUACCGUCGGGGCGGGAGGGGAGGAAGGCGAUGGGGGUGUACGGGAUUGGGGAAGGAGCGGGAGUGGCGUGCAGGCUGUGCAAGGAGGGGUAUGAUGAGAGCCGCUUCUACGUUGGCUGCAACUUUUGCGACACCUGGUUUCACGGGGAUACAUUACAGCUAGACGAGCAGCUGGACAUACCCAUCCUGCUCUACCUCAAGUGCAACCGCUGCCGUAAGAUCGCCAACAAGCUGCAUCCCUGCCGUCCAAGCCACGUGGACCCCCUUGAUUGGCCGCCCCAUGGCACGGCUGCCGCCCCUGCUCUUGAUGCAACACCAGCAGAAGCACCAGCAGGAGGAGCAGGAGCGGGGGGAGGAGCAGGAGGGGCAGGAGGGGCGGGCGGGGGAGGGGCGGGAGGAGGGGCAGGUAAGGGAGGGAAAGGGGGAGGAGGUGGAAAAGGAGUGGGGAGGAGAAAGAGCAGCAGGGGCGCUGGUACAGUGGAGCAAUCGCCUGGCUUUCCUUGUGACGCUGGUGGUGGGGCAUGUAUGGGUCAAGGCACGGCAGCAACUGUGACUGCAGGGAACGGGGCAGCACCGGGUGUGAUUAUAACAGCAGAGAACAUCGACCCUGAUUCGUUCUUCGACUCGCAGCUGACAGCAACAGGGGAUGGGAUGGGCGGGGCUGGGGCCGGGGGGGACUUUCAGGUGGAUUUCCAGGUGGAUUCUCAGGUGCAUUUUCAGGUGGUUUUCCAGGUGGCAAUCCUCCUGCAGCAGCAACAGCAGGUGGAGGCAGCAGAGGAAAAAGUGGGAAAGGAGGAAGAGGAGGGGCAGGCAGCAGCAAUUACUCCUGCUGCACAAGCGUUAUCAAGAGCAGUAUCAACAACAGCAACAGCAGCAGCAACAGCAGCAGCAGCUGCAGCAGCAGCAGCAGCAGCAGCAGCAGCAGCAGCAGCAGCAGCAGCAGCAGCAGCAGCAGCAGCAGCAGCAGCAGCAGCAGCAGCAGCAGCAGCAGCAGCAGCAGCAGCAGCAGCAGCAGCAGCAGCAGCAGCAGCAGCAGCAGCAGCAGCAGCAGCAGCAGCAGCAGCAGCAGCAGCAGCAGCAGCAGCAGCAGCAGCAGCAGCAGCAGCAGCAGCACAGCAACAGCAGCAGCAGCAGCAGCAGCAGCAACAGCAGAAGCAGCAGCAGCAGCAGCAGCAGCAGCUACAACAGUUCCCUUCCAAUGUACCAUCAGCCUUCCCCUAUCCUCCCCCAAAUUCCUCUUUGCCGCCCACACAGUCACACUUGCCACCCAUGCCACCCACCUUACCACCUCCUGCCCCCUUCCCCCAACACACUCGAGUCCCCAACAUAAGCCCUCCCUCACUCCUCGCCUCUGCAGCACCCUCAUUUCAGCCGCUGGUAGCAAAGGUGGAGUCGCUCCUGCUGGCGCAGGGGUUUGAGCCUGCGAGAGCAGCGGCCGUGGCUGUUGGCGUGAGAGAUGGGGACCAGAGUGCGUUUGAGAUUGUAAAUGCUGCCCUCACUGCCAGCCAGGGGUGUGGUUCUGCUGAACAGGUGGGGGGGACAGAGCAGGUGGGUGCAGAGCAGGAGGGGUUGCAGCAGUUGGGGGCAGAGCAGGUGGGGUUGCAGGAGGGUGUUGGUGCAGACGUCUCAAAAGGCACACGCAUUCAGCCUGUCACGCAUUACGAUACCAACAAUACAAUCAGGGAGAAUUCGUCCAUGGAAACUCCUUCAGCUAUGGAGAUUCGCUCGGCUCCCACCCCGCCCACGUCAUCACCACCAUCGCGAUCCAAUCGAACGGUCCAGAUUUUCGCCGUCUUCCUCGCAAUCGCCCUCUUAUUUGUCGUCGCAUACGUCCAAACCCGGCCGCCCGCAACUCCCGACGCUCUCCCCGCCACCCUCCACACCCCCGUCGCCCUCCGUUCUCUCAUUCAACUCAACUCCACCGCAGCCUUCGGCGUCGUUCCCUCCGCCUUAAAACCCCGCCCUAAUUUCGCCGCGACAGGCGGGGGAAGCAGCAGCAGCGGCACCCGCAGAACCCGCGGCGGCCGCGGCGGGGGAACCGGCGGGGGAACCGGCGCGGUGUAUCUCCGCGAAUACAGGCAACCAAUGGCGAACGGGAAACCCGAGUUCACGUGUUACCACACGGACCAUCUACCCUGCAACGAAGCAGAUCGCAAGUUCGGCCCGUCGCUAGAUAUGAUCCGCGAUUUAGAGCUCUCACGCGCGGAUCGCGAGAUGCUGCACGUGCUGCGCCGCUUCCGCUGGCAGCGCGAGGAGCUGGCGCUGCAGGUGCCGCGGCGGGAGCGGAAGGUUGCGUUUAUGUUCCUCACUAAAGGAGCCGUACCGCUUGCACCACUCUGGGAGAGAUUUUUCAAGGGCCACGAGGGGCGGUACUCCAUCUACGUGCAUGCCUCCCCGGACUACACCUUCCCCAAGAACGCCUCCACGCUCUUCAGCAACAACACCAUCCGCAGUGAGCCGGUGGGGUGGGGGCUGCCCACAAUGGUGGACGCGGAGAGGCGCCUCAUGGGUGCGGCACUUGCUGAUCCCGCCAACCACCGCUUCGUGCUGCUCUCAGAAUCGUGCAUACCUGUGAAGAGCUUCAACUACAUCUGGGACUACCUGAUGGGCACUCGCUACAGCUUCGUCUCCAGCUUCUUCAUAGAUCGCCCCGUGUGCUCUGGGCGCUACGACAAGCACAUGCAGCCCAAGAUCACGCUCAGCCAGUGGCGGAAAGGGUCUCAGUGGUUUGCAGCCACGAGGAGGCAUGUGAACAUCAUCAUCGAUGACGACAGCAUUCACGCGCUCUUCCAGAAGUACUGCCGGGGUGACAAGUGGCAUCACCACUGCUAUGCUGACGAGCACUACAUUCCGACUCUGCUUAAUAUAAAGGAGCCUAGCCGUGUGGCCAACCGUACAAUCACCUAUGUGGACUUCCCGCCCCUGCAGCAGCACCCGUCGUCCUUCCUCCCUAACAACAUUACUGAAGACCUCUUUCAAAACAUUACAGAGCCACUAGACUACAGUCUCAUCAACGUCGUCGUGAGUCUCCUUCUGCUCUUAGCCUUAACCUCUUACCCUCUUAGUCCCUGA